GUCUCGUAUAACGGUUGCGUCAUAUCGAGGGGCUUUGCACGCACGGAGCAGGUGCCCUUAUUCGUGUCGGUACUGUUUCUUUCUUCUGGUGGACGCGAGAGAGCAGGAGUGUGGAUAGCUGUGGGGCUUCGCCAACCGGCUGGCUCGCAUAGCUACUGAGUGAGAAGUCUUUGGGGACUUCUUUCAUUUUCCCGCCUGACAGCGUGGCAACUCCUAGCCUUCUCGCAGUUAUGCAUCUCUCCGGCGUUCUCGAUGUCGCUCUGGCCGUUUCGAACCGGCAACGAUGACCGCUUCCAAAGCAGCAGCAGGGCCGCCUCCGAUAAGGAAGACAUUUACGCGGCGGUACGCCACGGCGGUCUCCCGCCUCACCGUUACGGCAUCGAGGUGAACAACUACCUUGAGUGGCGGUGGAGGCGCGGCUUUCUGCAGAGCGUGUUUCCUGUCGCCUGCUACGGCGCCCUCGCAGGCUUUUGCGUUGGCUUCCGUCAGUCACGCGUCGAAGGGCGCUACAUUGGCCGCUAUCGAAUUAUGUGGCGCUACACCUCCACCUUUGCCGCGGUGGGUCUGCUCACGAGCGCCUUUCAUCAGCUGUUGGUGAUGCGCAAUCAGUACCACGACAAAUUUUACUACCCCAUCGUUGCGGGUACGGCAGGCGCCGUGGUGUUGACGCUCGUCUCGCAGAUGGGCUCGUUCGGGCAAGGCGUGUUUGCGGGCAGUUUCGUAGGUGUGUUGUACGGCCUGGGCUGCUACGGCAUGAACUAUUACCACCGUCGCCGACUACGAACUUUCCUGCACGAGCAGCAGAUGAAUCAGGUUCCCAUUCACAAGGUGUCACCCGAGCUGCAGCCCAUGUACCGUGCCUUCUUGUAUGACUAUCGUCCGAUGGAGGAGGAGGACAAGCGCACGCGCGAGGCGGUCACGCUCUCUCGCUCCGCCGAUGACACCCGCUUGGAUGCGCGGACGUUUAUGAGCAACAUGACGCCGGAGGUGUACGAUUGGGUAAACUUCCCUGACUGGUGGCCGCUGAAGUUCCCGACGCAGACGGAGGAAGAACAAAUGUUGUUAGAGCGGCAGCGUGACGAGGAGGUGGAGCGACGCAAGGUGGUGUUUCUGGAAACGGAAGACGCUGGGCUGUUGAAGCGCAAGAACCGUGCCAAGCAGUACCGCGAUCGUUGA